AGAAAACAAAACGCAGUGGCGGCGCUGGUAGGGCCGCCGGGAGGCCUGCGCUCCGAUUCGGGAUUCACACCGGACGAGGCUCACUCGAUGCUCCACACAGGCACCGGGAGACGGAGUGAGAGCAGUGCCGGUGCUGUUCCUAUGGAGGCCGAGGUGCAGGACCCUAACUAUUGAAGAAUAAGAGCCCAACAAAAUGGAAGACUGUCUUCACACAUCUUCAGAAAAUCUGUCCAAACUGGUCAGCUGGGCUCACAGUCAUGGAACUAUCUGCAGCCUCAUUCCAAAUCUGAAGCACUUAUUGACUGAAGGGGCCCAUGGAAACCUCACUGCGAUGUGGGGUUGUGGUGCUGGCCACGCUUACCACUGGCCAUUGGCUGUUACUUGCAGGGCAGGUUCCCAGGACAGAGUGUGCUUCCAGGACAGUAGAAGCUUUAAUUCUGAGAGCCCCAGCAUAAUUGCAAUGUCAUCAGAGUCUCAGCAAAAUCCAGCAGAGAAAUACCUUAAUAGACCCUCAAAAGGAAAGGCCGAGUGUCCCAGGACGAGGGAUUCCUGCGACUUUUCGUACAGCGAACAUUCUGAGGUUGACGAGAAUGUGGAAGAGUAUGAUGAUGAAGGUGAUUUAUUUCAUAUGGCAUGUGAGUCUUCAGUGACAGAUGAGGAUAGUGACUAUGAUUCUCAGUUGCGGAACAAUUCACUGAAAAGGCGGGAAGCUGGUCCUUCGCUUUUGCCAGACUCACCAAACCACCUUGCUAAUGAGAACAGUAAUGAGGUGAUUGUUAAAAAAAUCAAGCAGGAAGGUCCUGAAGACUAUUACAUUGUGACAAAUGCAGAAAUCUCUAUAGACAACGAUAGUUCGUCUGUUGCAUUGAAGUCUGGGUCAAAGUCUGGUCCUGCUGCUUAUUUGGGUCCUACCAAAUCCUCAGCCCUCCUUCCUGCUGGUCACAUGCCAGAAAAGAUUGAUUCGCAGGGUAUUUCUGUCAUUCCACCUGCUUCUAAUCGGGUUGCUGGUGCAAAGUCAGGACGGAGUUGCACAACUUCACAGAAGAAGCUAAACGGAGGUCAAGGAGCUGGGCAGAAAUUAGUUCUUCAAAUGCCAGUCAGCACAUCAGGAGGAAACCAGCAGAUCAAUAUCCCACUCUCAGCCCUCCAACUUCCUGGCCAAGAAGAGCAGAAUGCUUCUGAAGACACAGGGGCACAGAUGGUGAAGACUGGGGCUUCCAGUGAGGUCUCCUUGUCUCCAUCUGUCAGCGCUGAACCUGAAGUCAGCUCCAGUCAGCAACAAUCGAGUGUGCCCCAAUCUCUGGUCAAAGAUGCCAGUGCCCAAUCAUCAGCAACAGCCUUUUCUGGAAAACUCAACAGGUUUCCAACGUUUGAUGGCGAACUCAAGGAGCUCUGCACCAGCGCUGUCAGUGCAAACACCACAAAGGCAACGCUGUAUUCACUGAAUGUCUGGCGAUACUGGUGUGUGACACGAGAGCUGAAGCAAUACAUGGAUAUUACCAAGAUUCCACCUGUGAAGCUCAAUGAGCUAUUGGAGGACUUCUACGUGACUGUGAGGAAGACCGAUGGUUCUGACUUCCUGGCCACCUCCCUCCAUGCUAUCCGUCGUGGCCUGGACCGCGUGCUGAAGAAUGCCAAUGUGGGUUUCUCGAUUGGAGAUGCCGUCUUCAAAUCCUCCACCCAAAAGCUGAAGGACAAACUGAGGCAGCUGAACAAGGCAGGCAUGUCAGGCUCACGAUCCCGCAACAUCAUCUACUUCUCAGGCCAGGAUGAAGAGGAGAUGUGGCAGGCCGGUUACCUUGGUGAUGCCAACCCAGUGGCUUUGCUGAGCGUGGUGGUAAAGUUCAACAGCCAGUACUUCAACAUGAGAACCUUGCAGGAGCACGUGGACCUCAUGUAUGGGGACAUUGAGCUGCUGAAGGACACUGAAAACCGGCCCUUCUUUGCCAGGACUGACAUGGUCAAACGAGAGAACAAAGUAUGCAGCAAUAAGCUCUGCUUUGGGCAAAUCUACCACGAGCACUCUGAAGGACUCAAGAGAUGCCCAUACUGCCUGCUAUAUAAAUACAUGUACACCCACCGACCUCCGAGCCAGCGGGAUCCCAAGUCAUCCUUUUACCUCGUGGCCAGGAAAGAUUUCUCUCAGUUGGACAAUGUGUGGUUUGAGGAGCAGCGGAUGGGCCUUCGCUCCCUCAGAGCUGUGGUCCCCAAACUAGCAAAGAAGGUCAGGCUCGAGCAAAGUGAGAGCUUCACCUUUGUGUCCUUCACACAGGCCUCACUUCUUAAACCAGGGAAGUUCCUUUCUACCAGCAGCUGAGAAAAGACUGGAUCCUUUAGACCAAAAGAUUGUUUCAAAUGUACAGCUUCUAGCAAAGGGGGAGAAAUAGUGCAAAUAGAAAUGAAAAAAAAAAUGUGUGCUGUUAUUCAAAUGGGGGCACUAGUUACUCAUUUAAUCAUCCAUAAUCCUUUGUCAAAGUAUUUUCAUUACACUUUUCAGAAAAUAAAGUCUUGUAAUUUAACCUCUGUAUUAAAAAAAACAAAAUUGUAAACUCUUAUUGUUGCAGGAAUUAG